GGCUCAAGCCCGGGAGCUUGCCGAAGAGCACUUCUGAGGUGCAGUUGGACGCCAUGGGGAAAAAGGGGAAGAAGAAGCAGCUGGACCCGGAGGCGGCAGCCCGGCAACAAGCUGCAGAGGCGGAGGAGAAGAAGAGGUUGGAGAUGAUCAAGGAAGCCAUGCGACUGCGCGCAAACUGCGAGCGGGAGGAGAAUCACUUCCACCAAUUCCUGAUGGAACGGGAGAAGAUCAACUACUUCUGGAUUGUAGAGAAGAAGACGCUCACCGAGAAGCAGGCGGAUCUCCGCAACAAGCAGCGAGAGCUGCAAGAUCUCGAAGAGCGGCAACAGAUCGAGCUGAAGAUGUUUCAGCAGCGGCUGAAGCAUCUGAGAUAUCACCAGCAAGAUGAGGUGGUGGAGCUGAAGACGGACGCGGAGCUGGGGCUGAAGCUGCAGGAGGACCACCACCGCAUCACCGAGGCGGAGAUCAAAAAGGAUCAGCGCGCCUUGAAAAUGGAGAAGAAGGAAGCAGAAGUGGCGCAGCAGGAUUUCACGCGGAUGCUCAAGUUGGAGCAGGAUCAGAAGAUUCUUGAACUCCGACACGAGUUCGAUCGAAAAGCUCGCGACAUGCAGCAGAAGUACGAGUUGAGGAUGAAGACCAUCCGAGAAGAAAUGGAAAGGCAACGGCGGCUUCAGAUUCAGAAAAUCGAGGAGUCCAAAAACGCACAAAUUGACCAGGUGAUGAAGAAGAAUCAGCAAGACUUCACCGAGAUCAAGGUCUACUACCAGGAGAUCACUGUGUCGAAUUUCGACUCCAUCAAGAGACUCAAAGAGGACUACGCAGACAUCAAGAAGAACGAGAAUGAUGACGCGAAGAAGAUGUACGACUUAGAGCAAAGGAAUAAACAGCUCAAAGAGCCCAUGAAGAAAGCCAACCAGGAUGUGGAACGGCUAGAACAAGAGCGAGAAGCCUACAAAGAGGACAAGAAGCGGCUAGCGCAGGUAAAGGAGAAGAUCAAGCAGUCAGAGACGCUCCUGAAGCGAAUGGAGUUCCAGCACGAGGUGUUGCAGCAGCAGCUCUCGCAGGUGACCACCGAGCGAGAGGACUUGUACACCAAGUUCCAGCAAGCGAUUUAUGAUGUUCAGCAAAGAAGUGGUCUCAAGAAUCUCAUUUUGGAGAAGAAGAUCGACACAGUCGAGGAGGCUUUGGAAACCACCGAAGCGCAGAUCACCGAGUUGCUGGCCUCCGCCAACGUGGACCCGGCCACCACAGCCGGGAUCACCCAAAAGCUGGACCAGGUCAUUGCUUACAAGGAUGACAUCGUUGGACAGCUCCAGGAGGAGGUGCAGCGCAUCAAGGAUUCCCAGUCCACGAUGGUCAAGACAUACGAGUCCAAGUUGGCGGAGUAUGGCAUCCCCCCAGAGGAGCUCGGGUUCAUGCCCGCUGUUGGAUAAAGACGGCGCCUUCCACAACUGCCGGGCAUGUACAGAUCGUCGCGAUGUAUCACGCUGUGUUGUGGCACAAUUGGAAGCGGAGACAACGUUCAAGUGGCGCUGCAAAACAGUAGAAUGCGCAGGCAAAAUCUUGUUCCUGCUGUCUCACUUGGCAUGACAUGUUUCACU